CGCUGCCUCUCGCUGUCAUGCAGAGCCCGGGGUCGCGGGACGUGUACCAAAUCUACCACUCCAACAUCCACUCGUGCGCGUUCGCGGACAAUGUCUGCAACGCGUACGACAAUGGCGUCUACAUCCGCGACCACACGUCCAACACGCUCGCCAACUUUAGCGCCAACUACUCGGCGACGUACGCGACAACUGAGCUCUCGUUUCCGCGGUCGGGCUCGUUUAUCAUCUUUGCCCACAUUGCACUUCCGGGCAGUACGACGUCGGAACGAUUCGACUUUGCCGUCUACCGCACGAUCACCGUGGGCGACGCUCAAGUACCGACGCCCGUCGGCUUGAUCGUCGGUGUCGCCGUCGGUGGCGUUGUGCUGCUGCUUGGUAUCACGUUUUUUGUGUAUCGAUGCCGGCGCAACCACUCGAGCAAGACGACGACGACCAACACCAACUACCGGACGCAGACGUCGGGGCCGGACGAGACGCAGACGUGGGCACGCGACUCGGCGACCGAGACGGCCUUGGCCCAGUGGCGCCUCAACGAAGACGACGUCGAGCGCCUCCAAAUCUUGUCCAAAGGCGCGUACGGUGAGGUGUGGCUCGGCACCUACCGCGGCACGCCCGUUGCGAUCAAGAAGCUCCUCCCCGGACGCUCGUCGCCGUCGGAUGUCCAAGAUUUCGCCAAAGAGAUCUUGCUCAUGACCACGUUCUCGUCGCCGUACAUUGUGGCGUGCAUUGGUGUGAGCUGGUAUCGCCGCACCGAGCUCAUGCUGCUGGUCGAGUUUAUGGACAGCGGCGACCUGCGCACCAAGCUCGACGAGACGACGCCCGCUUCAUUCUCCAUUGCCGACAAGCUGUUGAUGGCGUCGCAGAUCGCCGAAGCGCUUGUCUACCUCCACUCGCUCGAGACGCCCGUGAUCCACCGGGACAUGAAGUCGCGCAAUGUGCUGCUUGACAGCACCAAGGGCACCAAGCUCACCGACUUUGGCGUCUCGCGCGCCGCGACGUCGGAAACCAUGACGAUCGGCAUUGGCACCUACCGCUGGAUGGCACCGGAGAUUCUGACCGAGAACCACUACAGUGAGGCGGCGGACAUCUACUCGUUUGGCGUCAUUCUCUCCGAGUUGGACACGCACUUGCUGCCGUACAGCGACCAGACGAACCAAAAGGGCAACCCGAUCACAGACACGUCGAUCCUCGGGCUUGUCAUGCACGGUCAGAUCCAGCCGACACUUCGAGGUGUUUUGCCCGAGUGGACCCUCCAAUUGGCCAAGCAGUGCCUCUCGUACCACCCAGAAGACCGUCCGACCGCCUUUGGCGUCGCUUACGCCUUGCGGCAGCGGGAAAAUGCCUCCAUUUAGUGCAUUUGAUUUGAAUUAACUCGA